CUAAUUAUAUCUCGUCUCUCUACAGCUCACUCUUGUUCUUGAUUUUGCUAACGGAGAUGAUCAUCACAGGCAAAAGCUCUCUCCAACUUCUCCAUGUUUUUCAUCUUGUUGUUUUAGCAUACUUGAACCCUGCUCUUGCGCUCUCCUCGUCGGGAGUUGGAGAUGCUAAAACAAUCAGGUGCACAGAGAGGGAGAGACAAGCUCUCCUCGAGUUCAAAGAAGCUGUUAUGGAUGAUUUUGGUUCUCUCUCUUCUUGGGGGACUACCAAAGAAGAAGAAGAUCUAAAUGACUGUUGCAAGUGGAAAGGGGUCCAAUGCAGCAACCACAAUACUACUAGUUACGUAACCAUGGUUGAUCUUUCUUAUCGGGCUCUGGGAGGUGGAUUGCGCGGUAAGAUUAGCCCUUCAUUGCUUGAAUUACACCAUUUGAGGUACUUGGACCUUAGUGGGAAUGGUCUAUACGGCGAAAUCCCUCGUCAGUUCAGCAACCUUUCCAACUUGAGGCAUCUUGAUCUCGGUUUCAAUGAUAUGCUGAGUAGUGAAAACCUUGAGUGGCUUUCUCGUCUUUCUUUACUAAGUCACCUUGACCUCUCUAUGGUUGAACUCAGCAAAGCAACCGGUUGGGUUCAUUCUAUGAAUAAGCUCCCUCUCCUCAAAGAGUUGCAUUUAUCCCGUUGUUCCCUUCCUGAUAUCUCUCCUCCAUCCUCGUUCCGUUUUAAUUCUUCCGUGUCCUUAUCCAUCCUCGAUCUUUCUUCCAAUAGUCUAUCUAAUUCGAUAUUCAACUGGUUGUUCAACGUCAGUAGCAGUCUCGCUUAUAUCGACCUCGGAGAUAACGAGUUAAAAGGUUCGAUUCCUGAUGCCUUCGGAGGCAUGGGUUCACUCACAAACCUCAGCCUCUAUGGCAAUCAACUUGAUGGCCUUCCAAAAUCUUUUGCGAAUUCAAGCCAUUUACAAUCUUUGGACUUGUCAGGUAACAAUUUAACGGAAGAGCUUCACGAGUUUCUACAAAAGUUGUCUGGGGCAGAGAAUUCAUUGCAGCGUUUGGCAUUAGAUAAGAACCGGCUUAGAGGUCCGUUGCCUGAUUUCACUAGAUUUUCUCUCUUAAGAGAAUUGUACCUUUGUAAAAAUCUAUUGAGUGGGCCAUUUCCGAAGAACAUUGGAAACCUUCCGAGUCUUUAUUAUCUGUCUUUGUAUAGGAAUCAAAUUACAGGGUCAUUCCCGGAUCUUUCAGCGUUCCCAUCAUUGGAAUAUUUACUACUUCAAAACAAUCAGUUGAAUGGGACUAUAGACAGAAGUAUUGGACAGCUUCACAAGCUCCAGUAUUUCAGCUGCGCUUUCAACUCAUUAAAAGACACAAUCUCUGAAGCCCACUUGUCCAAUCUCUCCAAUUUAUGGUAUUUGGACUUAUGUUCUAAUGCACUAACUUUAAACUUCAGUUCUGAUUGGGUUCCCCCUUUCCAACUUGGUGCAAUAAAGUUGGCGUCUUGCAAGUUGGGUCCUCAAUUCCCCAAGUGGCUUCGCACUCAAAACAAAUUCUUUGUGCUUGAUAUCUCUAGUAAUGGAAUCAAAGGUAAUAUUCCGAGUUGGUUCUGGGAUCUAUCCCCGGGAUUACACUAUUUAAACCUCUCUCACAACCAGAUUAAUGGCUUGUUGCCUGAUCUAUCUUUGAGGUUUAAGUUAUAUGCCGGAAUAGAUUUGAGUUAUAAUCUUCUUACAGGUCCAAUACCACUAGUUCCUCCAACUGUAGUAUCUUUGAAUCUCUCCAAGAAUAAGUUUGUAGGCUCGCUUUCUUUCUUGUGCUCACUUGCUGAAGAGUGGCUCAUCUAUCUUGACCUCUCAAAUAACCAACUAUUGGGUGAGCUUCCAUAUUGUUUGUCUCACUUCAAAAAACUAACCAUCAUUAGUUUAUCAUACAACAAUUUGUUCGGGGAAAUUCCUAUCUCUAUCGGCUCGCUCCUUCAAAUUCGAACAUUGAACUUGCGCAAUAACAAUUUGACUGGAGAAGUGCCUUUUUCUCUUCAAAGAUGCACGAUGCUGAGUACUAUUGACUUAAGCGGCAACAGAUUCACAGGAAUAGUACCAAGAUGGUUGGGGACACACCUGACAAGUUUGAUUGUCCUUAUUCUUCGAUCCAAUGAGUUCAAGGGAAGCAUACCCCGACAGAUAUGUCAUCUUCACCACAUUCAAAUCUUGGACUUCUCCCAAAAUCAUUUAUCAGGAAAUAUACCACCAUGCUUUUCCAAUUUUUCUGCAUUGGUAGAAAGUAAGAAUUCUGAUGCCACCACAAGUUUUGAUUACAGAGCAUAUUUUGAUGGUCCGUAUGAUGAUGGCACAUAUGUAGCUAAUGCAUUUGUUCAAUGGAAAGGAAAAGACCAAGAGUACAGCAAAAAUCUGGGACUACUAAAGACCAUUGAUCUUUCUAGCAACAGAUUAUCCGGAAAUAUUCCUGACCAAGUUUGGAGUCUUGCAGGGUUGCAUUCCUUGAACCUCUCGAGAAACACUUUGACAGGAAAAAUCAUCCAAGAGAUCGGGCAGAUGGAAAUGUUGGAAUCUCUUGACUUGUCUGCAAACAGACUUUCUGGUGAAAUUCCUAGAAGCCUUGCUCAUUUAAAUUUUCUAAGCGUUUUGAACUUGUCAACUAACAAUUUGUCUGGCAAAAUCCCAAUAAGUACGCAACUCCAAAGCUUUAAUGCUUCUGCAUAUUCUAGCAAUCCUGAACUUUGUGGGGUUCCACUUCCCAACAAGUGCCCAGGAGAAGAAGAAACAACUCCCAAUACUGCUCAUGCCAAAGACAAAAACAUUCAAGAAGAUGAUGACAGUUCCAUUACUCAAGGAUUUUAUGUUACCAUGGGGCUUGGUUUCUUUUUCGGAUUUUGGGGAGUUUUUGGCACUAUAAUUAUCAAUAGUCGGUCUCGACAUGGAUUUUUUAUGUUCCUGAAUCACAUAACGGAUUGGAUCUAUGUGACCAUUGCAUUGGGGUGGGCUAGACUACAAAGGAGGCUUUAGAUCUUACCGGUCAUGUUGCAGAACAAGACUCUUUGGUCCUUAAAUUGCUAUGAUGAUGUUUGGUUGUGGCCCCUUUCCAAGGAGAUAUCUAAUUUGACUUUUUGUAGGAUCUCACCGAUUCUCCCGCUGGGUGUUUCAGCCAGCCCAUGCUAUAGCAGCAAAAGCUGUAGUUGAUUUUAUUCCCGGUCCAGUUAGAGGAGGAGGCAGUCAACCUUUUGGCAAUUUUCCUUCUGUUGAUAGUCUUGGGGAUAGAAGAGUGGUCACUACACACACCACACGUGGUUCUUCUUACCCUAGACUUACUAGUUUCUAUUUUGUGUUGCAUGUUUGUCCGGAGAACUGUUAUCUUUACCAAACUUUAAUAACGAUAUCUUUGUGUCCGCCUUAUAGCUUUGAUGAAUGCAAUUUCCGAUAAAUAAAUAAAAAACCCCUUUAAGAUUAUCAAU